GUUUCGUACUAAUUUCUUUAAAAUUACCGAUUACAAAGAAUUUUGAAUUUCAUGGAUUACAAUUUAAAUUAAAAUGAAAUUUUAUCCGCAAAUUUUCUGGUAUUAUUUUAUUUUCCAAACUGUGGAUUUAUCCGUGCAAACAGCUUUCAAAAAUGAUCAAUGGAAAUGUAAUAAAUCCUCCAAAACGUGUGUCCGAGUAUUAGAUGGUGUACAAAAGAAUUUCUACUAUCCGUCAGAGGAUACAUGCCGUUUGAUAUGUGGAGAAGGAUCUUUGUGGCCCCAAAUUAAUGGCGAAACAAAAAUCUCUAAAAACAUAACAGCAAUACAUCCGUCACAAAUUUCAUUUAAUUUGGAAAAUAAAAUUUACAAUAAUCCUGGGGUGAAACAAUAUCUGAAUGACAUUAAAGACAUAUUUAUUACAAAAUUAUUUACCUAUUGUGGCAAUCCCUGUAAAAAGGUGGCUGAAAAAACAUUAACAAUAAAUGUUCAUGUAAAUUCUUCAGAGCUAUCGUUAUCUUGGGAGACAAAUGAAGCAUAUUGCUUACAAAUUUCAACAACUGGUGAACAAUUGGAUGGCAAAGUUGAAGUAUCAAUAAGAGCAGAGACAGUAUUUGGUAUACGACAUGCGCUGGAAACACUAUCACAAUUAUUUGCAUCAUAUGAAAUAAUUGAUGAAAAUACUAAAGAAAUGGCAAAUGUGUUGGUGAUGAUUUCUAGCGCACAAAUUUGUGAUCAACCUAUAUACAAACAUCGUGGACUGCUAUUAGAUACAGCUAGAAAUUUUAUGUCCAUUGAUACAAUUAAACGGCAGAUAGUAGCAAUGGGUGCAUCAAAAUUAAACGUACUUCAUUGGCAUAUCACAGACUCACAUAGUUUUCCAUUAGAUAUACCAAGUGUUCCACAAUUUACUCAGUAUGGAGCAUAUUCGAAAUAUAAAAUUUAUACAGUCAACGAUGUAAAAGAUUUAAUUGAAUUUGCAUUAUUGCGCGGAAUCAGAAUAUUAAUAGAAUUAGAUGGGCCUGCACAUGUAGGGUAUGGUUGGCAAUGGGGUCCCGAUUUCAAUUUAGGAGAUUUAGCAGUUUGUGUUAAUAAACAACCGUGGAAUAAAUAUUGUGUUCAGCCUCCUUGCGGUACAUUGAAUCCAGUAAAUCCCAAUGUAUACAAAGUUUUGGCAAAACUAUAUAAAGAAGUUAUAAAUAUAAAUCCUAAUCAAGAAGCUAUUCAUAUGGGUGGCGACGAGAUACACAUGGGAUGUUGGAACUCCACCCAAGAGAUUUUAAACUACUUAGCUUCUAAAAACAUGGGUCAAACAACAAAAGAUUUUCUAAACUUAUGGUCAGGCUAUCAAUCAAAAGCGACUGAAACAUAUGAUCAACAAGUUGGGCAUGUCGAUUCAAAAGUAAUACUUUGGACAAGUCUUUUGACUAAACCUGAAUAUAUUCAAAAUUAUUUAGAUCCAAAAAAAUACGUAAUCCAAACAUGGGUCCCGUCUACUGAUCCCUUACCAACUGAUUUACUACAAUUGGGCUAUCAACUAAUAGUUUCUACUAAAAAUGCUUGGUAUCUAGACCAUGGAUAUUGGGGUGGAAAUAAUCCAUAUUAUAAAUGGCCAACGGUCUAUCAUAAUAGAAUACCACGGCACGCAAAUGUUCUUGGUGGUGAGGCUUGUAUGUGGUCUGAAUACGUUGAUGAUAACGCCGUUGAUAGUAAAGUAUGGCCGCGUACAGCUGCUGUUGCCGAACGUUUAUGGUCUGAUCCGGAACCAACUAAUACCAAUGUAAUUUUACCACGAUUUCUAAGACAUCGUGAAAGAUUAGUCAAAUUAGGAGUACGGUCGGAUGUUGUUACACCAGAAUGGUGUUCGCAAAAUGAAGGACAAUGUAAUAACUUUUUACCGUAAGCUUUUUAAUAAAUAAAAAAACGUAUACCAUA